AUGAAGGUCGCGGUCGUUGGCUCUGGGGUCUCCGGCCUUGGGGCAACUUGGCUCUUGAACGAGUACUCGGAACAUGAAGUACACCUAUUCGAAUCAGACCACAGACCCGGUGGCCAUGCCAACACCGUCACUUACUCACCACCAGGAAGGGAGCCAACCGAUGUUGACACGUCAAUCGUGUUCAAUCCCAGCACGUAUCCCAACUUCAUCAACUUCUUGCACAUCUUCCCGGACCUCGCGGAGCGAAUUUUGCCCACUGAAAUGACCUUCUCUGUCUCUCGCAACAGAGGGGAGUUUGAAUGGGCUGGAAACAACCUUAUGACGGUGUUUUGCCAGCCCUCGCGUCUUCUGGACCCGGAGAUGUGGCGCCUAAUCUACGACGUUCUGCGCUUCAAUGCGUGUACGCAGAAUUUACUACGCGACAUCAAAGACGAAGGGGACGUGUUGGGUGAGGAGUUGUCUAUCGACAUGUACCUGAAGCAAAAUGGGUACACGCUUGGCGCAGUUAUUGCAUGUACUCACAUGUCAUACCAGCCAAUGACGGCCGCCGUUUGGAGCACUCCUCCGGAUAAAUGCGCUCUCGACUUUCCGGCUCGUACCUAUUUUGUCCAGAUCCAAUUUAUGUACAACCACCAUCUCUUGCAGAUCACGGGAAAGCCGAAGUGGUUGACACUGCGCGGCGGCAGCCGGACAUACGUGAGGAAGAUCAUUUCGAGACUUCCUCCCUCUCAGCUCCAUCUAUCGACUCCUAUCAAAGCGCUCCGAACCACGCAAACAUCGGAGAAGUCGCACCAGGUGGAACUGACCACCGCGUCCGGCGAGACGCAAUCAUUCGAUCAUGUUAUCCUCGCAUGCCAUACCGACACGACUGUCGACAUCCUCAACGCAGGAGACGGAAUGACAGAAGAAGAAGCCAAGAUCCUGCAAUGCUUCAGAUGGAACAGAAACGAGGCUAUGCUUCACUGCGACCAGAGACUUAUGCCCAGGUCACGGCUCGCGUGGUCGUGCUGGAACUACCUCACUGAGUCAGUGACCGAUAUGGCGGGGAAGUACUUGCCCAACGUGAACCGCGUGUCUCUCACCUACUGGAUGAAUGAACUGCAACAUCUGCCAACAAAAGACCACGGUGACGUCCUGGUCACGCUCAACCCGCCCUUCGAGCCCGACCCUGCGCUCACGUUCGGUCGGUACAAGUACGACCACCCCAUCCUCAGUGACGAGGCCAUCCGCGCCCAGUCCGCGCUCCCCACCAUCCAAAACACGCGUGGGGUCUCCUACGCCGGCGCCUGGACCAAGUACGGCUUCCACGAGGACGGGUUCUCGUCCGGGCUCCGCGCCGCCGCCUCCCUCUUCCCCGCCACCACCCCGUCCUCCGCGUUCGCCCACCGGGAGACGGUCGCCGCGCCCGGGCUGCCCUUCGCGAUCCGUCCUGCGGACCGCAUGCCGCCGCGCUACGUCGUGCUCGUCGCGGGCGCGUUCGAGUUCGUGCACGAGAACGCGCUGGCGGGGAUGCUCGGCACGCUGUUCUUCGCUGUACUCGCGUGCGUCCGGGUGGUGCUCGGCCAGCUGCCGGGGGUGGACCUUUCUCAUCUCGAGCGGAGGGGCGGAGGGGCGGCGGAGUUGGGGACGAAGGGGAAGCGGGAUUAG